AUGGUUUUCCGAGUUUAUAUAUCACGAGAGAAGAAACGUAGUCAUUUGAUCUGCUAUGGAACUAAGAAUAAGGAUUUUAUUCACAAGGUCAGGAACAUUGUACUUCCUCCCACAACAUUCCUCUUACUUCUUUUAUUCUUACCACCGUUCCUUGUUUUCAAGUUUGUCUCGUUUUCACAGGAUUAUGUUCCUGAAAACAUUUAUUUAGCAUCUGUCACGUAUGAAUUCCUGAGAGAUUUUGUUUUGGGCAACGAAGCAUCUUGUUCCUAUUUUGCAAUUCCACUACACCCACUUUUCACUGUUUUAUAUCCUCUGCUUCAUGGAUUUGAUGCUAUCUUGUCAUUGUCUCAGGCAAGCAAGGCGACACGAACAAGCUUGUUUGAGACAUUAAGGGCUGAACCUGGAUCAGAUAUUGGAAUAACAAUUGUGUACCCUGGGGUCAUCAAUUUGGAGAUGAAUCAAAACCUGUCAAAGGUAGAGCUUGAUCAACUGCUUGAAUGA